AGACCUGUUGCGACUCGUGCCCGUUUUGUUAUUCCCACUGUCCUUAAUAAAGAGCUUUCUGCAGCCUUAUCCCACAAAAUAUUUCACUUUGAGAUAUUUUGUAUGCAAAAAUGUAAAGAAAGUACUUUUUCCAUAUAUGUUUACUGUAAAGACAGUUUUGUUAAUGCGCAUGGUGUUACGUGUUAUCUUGCGCUCUAAACAAGUGCAGUCUGACCUUGUUUUUUGGAGAUGAGCUCCAUACUUGUUCCCUCCAAUCAGCCCUUCUCGCGCACACCCACUUCAGGGAUUGUGUUUCUUUCGUUUUCAUUUCCCGGAAGGGUCGAAUGCGAAAAUAGGGGAGUUUUAUUUCUCCCAAAGUUACAUUUAAAGUUCGUCAUUUAAAAUGUUGUUCGAUGAGGUUUGACUUAGAUUUUCUGUCAUUCAGGCUGUUGGAUUAACCGUAUGUCGGUUUACGAGGAAAUUACUUGUUUUUUUCGCGUGGUCGAACAAAUAAACGACAUUUCAAUGGACAACGCUUCCCCGUCACCUUUAGUAAAGGUAAGUGUAAGAGUUAAGAGCAAACCUUUAAGAUAAUCGAAAGUAAGCAAGGAUCACAAAUGCAUCAUUGAAGGAUAUUCUUACAUUUUCAGAUUUGAAUAUUGGCUGCUGAUGUUUUUAAAUAUCAAGAUCAUUUUUGUGUGUGUGUACUCUUCCCCCAAAUGUUUGUACUUAUGGAUGUUUUGCAGCAAGAAAACAGAGCAAACAGUCCUGCAACUGUAGUGCAUGUUGGGCAAGUCAACAUGCCACCUACUGUUCAUCACUCUCCACAGAACCAGCUUCCUUUGGCCAGCCCUCCCUCACAGGAGGACCUCUGGCAUCUUCCUGGACAGCUGCGUGAGUUUUAGGAAACCUGAGUAAUACCCCUCUAGUGACAAGAUACAGCCAUGUCACUACAACAAAGUAUAAGUAUUUGUAUAUAUAUUUUUUUAAUGCACUGCAUCUGUGUUUGUAGGUAUAAACCCAUCUCUGUGGGAUAAGGAGGAUGUGUCUCACUGGCUCCACUGGGCUCAGAAGGAGUACUCUCUACGCCGACCCGAAAAGGGACACUUUGAGAUGAAUGGUCGGGCUCUCUGUCUGCUUACCAAGGAAGACUUCAGACGCCGCUGUCCCAGCUCAGGUAGAAACUUGUGUGCAUGCAGAAAGACAGUAUGGUUCUGUUCUAGCGUUUUCAUAUAUUCUCUACCCUUUAUCUUCACAGGUGAUGUUUUGUAUGAGAUCUUACAGUGUAUAAAACAGCAAAGGAAGAAUGUGAUUUGUGGUGCUCCCAAUGUACCGCCCUCACUGGCAGCUGGACACAUCCAGAGCCCGGUCAGCUGCCAAAUGGCCCAUCAGUGUGUACAAGAGCCCCAGCCUCCCACAGCCAAUGACACACCAGGUCAGUAGCAGCUAUAGUGCCUUGUUAAAUAAACAGUAUAUACAAUCAGUGAGGCAGUUUUAUGUUGGGUAUGUUCCCCCAGGCAGUUUAGAAAUGUUUGAACAAAGUGCAGAUACAGUAACUUAUAAAUAGGAAAACGCUGACCCCAUAUAAGAGUGUGCUGAGUCAACUGUUUACCAAAUCAGACUUGUUUUUCCUGGCUAGAUUUGGUGCAGAUAUUUCCUGAGGAGCAAGGUGUACAUGUACAAACACAUCUUGCAAGAGGUCCUGCUCUUAGUAGAUGCUUUAUCCAUCGGCUGCUUUUUCUAAACUCUUGAGUUUAACUGUGUCCAGUGCAUGUCUGUCUCCCAACAGUUAAAACAAUGUGAAAUUUACUUUGUUCUUUUCUUUACUUGUAAGGACCAGGGAACAAGGAAGCUUUUAUACUAUCAGGAAAAUUAAGAAAAUAGUUUCAAAUCCAAAGUCCAGUCUUUCCCUCAGAGCAAUUCUCUGUUUAAUUACUUUUUUUUUUUUCGUGUGAGGGCAUUUCACUUGAGAUCAUAGGUUUAGAAACACACACUCCUGCUCAUGCACACCAUAAAAAAGGUGCUUUCCAUUGUAGAAAGUAGGAUGUGAGCCAGUGGGUGUGUCAAGGUUAUCUUGAAUCCAGCGAUUUCACAACUCCAGAGUCCAAAACAAUUCACUUUGGUCAACAAACUGUCCACGAGCAAAGCAGUGCCAUGCCCUCUUUAUUUUAUGCCUUGCAUUUGUCCUUUGUCCUUAGACUUAUCAAAUUCAUAUGUUCAAGCAGCUUCAAAAUAACUUUUACUUUCAGUUUAGUUUUUUUUUUACAGUUCCUCAUAUCUACGUCUCACAGUUUCCCUCGCUUUCACAACUGCAGAGUCUGCAGCUGUUGUAACCGCUGUGACCGGCCUGCAAGAGCACAUGUCACCCCUCAGAGAUCGUCCCUCAGUUUUUUACUCUUCUCCACUCACACAAAGAAGUAAGUGAAACAGCAGAAAUGUCUGAAAUAUAUAGUCCUCCCCUUGUGUUUUUUUCUUUUAUUACAGUAAUGCCUGAUUUUCUGUCCCUGUCUUUGUUGCUCUCUGUAUUAUCCCCUCUUUCUUUUCAGCGCCUGUGUCUAAACUGCCCAAAAAACAAGUUCAGUGUCCUGCACCAACAGAGCGCAUCACCCAUGAGCCACUAAACCUGUCAAAUCGAGAGAGGCCAAGGAGCCCAAUACACAAGGCCAAUGGCCGUAUCCCAGGUAGUGUUAGUUGAUAAGUAUAUGUUGUACAGCAGCAUUAUUUCAGAUAAUAUCUAGAAGCAACUGCAUUUUUUCCUGGAGAGUGUGCACAGAUUUUUGAAAAUUCAUACUCAUAAGAUGUAAAAUGAAAAUCUGACCACAAGGGGGCACAAGAACUUUGGAAAACUCUGAGCAUCUUAAGCUCUUUUGAUAUAUUCAGUUCAUUAUAAUCACUUCUCAGUCCAACUGUAGCCAAGAAAAAAUAUGCUUUUUACUUGUUGUAACAUUGAUUGUCAGACACUGACUUACUCCUGUUGUUUUGCCAGUGGGACUGAGCAUAAAGUAUUAUAUACAUAUAUAUAUAUAUAUAUAUAUAUAUAUACAGUAUAUGUGUGUGUGUGUGUGUGUGUGUGUGUGUGUGUGUGUGUGUGUGUGUGUGUGUGUGUGUGUGUGUGUGUGUGUGUGUGUGUGAUGUGAAAUAAUCUCUAAUCACAUGCUUAGUUGUAUAUUUUUUAGGAACAAGGCAUUGACUGUGUAAAAAAAAAAAAAAAGUCAUUCUACUGCAUUAUGGAUAAUUUGAAAUUAGGCAACAUGUUCUUCUGCUUUUUUGCCAGAGUGCAGACUGCUGUGGAACUACGUGUACCAGCUGCUGUGCGAUGUCCGCUACCAAGAAUACAUCAGAUGGGAAGACAAGGACAGCCUGGUGUUCAGGGUGGUUGACCCAAACGGGCUUGCACGUCUCUGGGGAAACCACAAGGUGACAGAAGAAAAAUGAACACAAACAAGAGACAUAACACUACAAAUUUAAACAUUGAGAGCAGAUUAAUAACCUCAUCAUAACGUUAUUUUGAUCCUCCUAUUUUACAGAACAGAGACAAUAUGACAUAUGAGAAAAUGUCACGUGCUUUACGUCACUACUACAAGCUGAACAUCAUCAAAAAGGAGCGAGGACAAAAACUCCUCUUCAGGUUUCUUUCCAUUUCUGUCAAAUUUUCUCAGUCUCCUCCUGCCUUUGUUCACUGCACGCAUUUAGAGUUGCAACUCUUUUUUUCAGGUUUCUGAAACUGCCGCUGGACACAAAGAAUCCACAGGCCAGCCCUGCCGAGUUCCAGGAAAGCUCUCCACCGCAAGAUGGGGAAUUCUGGGACAGUAAUUCUGUACAGGAGUUCAGUGACCAUUCAGACCGUUUUGAAGUGUCUCCUGAUCGCACUUCUCCACAGCCUCCUCCGUAAAAAAACUGCAUUAGGUAUUGUAAAAAGAACAAAACAUUGGGAAAUAUGAUAAAAGAAGUAAAACAGUUUGAGCAGAUAACAAUCCAUUGAAAGUACAGGUACGACAAAGCAUACUGAGAGGUGUAUGUUAAGGGAUUUUUGCACUCUGAAUUUGCAUUUCAGCUAACCUUGUAUUAGUGUAUGUGUGUAUUUAUAAAACUAGAACAAACACUAAUAUAAACUCUUGACAGAAUUGCAUUAACCUUCAGUUACCAAAUAAUCAACAUUACUUUAAUUUCUCAGGUUCAAUCAACAUAAUUGAAAUACAGAUGCACUCUUUGUUUAUGUACAGAGAAAUUUAACAGGUCUUAUAGGGGUAAAUGUUUCAUUUAGUGUUGUUAUUAAGAAAAGGUAUUGUGGACUUAAUGCCAGUUGUAUAGUUAAUAUGACAAACUAUUUGCCUUAAUAACUAAGUUGAAGUUUUUUGUUAAGUUUCAAAGUUGAUGAAGAAAUUAGGUUGAUUUUUUCUGCUUUGUAAACAUUGCGUAUGGCAUUUAUAGCCAGUUUUAUGUUUAUUUGAAAAUAAGGUUAAGGCUUAUCAUUAUUUCAUUGCACAUGUUCAACUUUGUAACCUAAUUUGAUAAUGAUACGAUGUACAUUUAAAAUUAUUCAAAAUAAACCAGAAACCCUCUCACA